UAAUCAGUUGCAGAGCAAACCCUUGGCCUUCAGUUCACAUGUGAGUUCUAUAAAUCCCAUAGUAUGUUACUCCACAAAAUACAGGAACGGAGUAAACAAUCAUGGGAAUAGUUAACAAGUCUCUUCUUCUUGUACUAUUCCUUGUUGUACUUCCACUAAAUAUAGUAUCAUCACCAACCACCCAAGGAGAAGCCCUUGUCAAAUGGAAGGACACUUUAUUCAGCUCUUCUUCACUCAAUUCUUGGUCUUCAAACAAUCUCAGUUACCUUUGUAAUUGGACUGGCAUUACCUGCAAUACUGCAGGAACAGUUUCUGAGCUCAACAUUUACUAUCUAAGAAUCUCUGGAACACUUGCUCACUUCAACUUCUCCUCAUUUCCAAGUCUCACUUAUUUGGACAUGAGCGGCAACAACUUAUCAGGCAGUAUACCAGUAGAUAUUGGAAAUGCAACACAACUUCAGCACUUGGAUCUCAGCAGCAACAAUAUAGAUGGGAAUAUUCCCUCCUUCAUAGGUCAACUUACGGAGCUUCAAGAACUUGAUCUUGGUGAUAACAAUUUGAACUCUAGCAUUCCCCCUGAGCUUGGGUUGUGUACCAGGCUCAAUGUCUUGUCUCUAUCUCAUAAUUCUCUUGCUGGGCCUCUGCCUUACUCCUUUUCGAAUCUAACCCAGAUUUCUGAACUAUACCUAGAUGACAAUUAUCUUUCUGGUGAGCUCUCCCCUAAUCUCUUCACCAAAUGGACCGAGUUAAAAUUACUGCACAUAGGAGGCAAUGCCUUGAGUGGUAAUAUUCCUUCUGAAAUUGGUAUGUUGACAAAUCUUACAAGCCUCUAUCUGCAAGAUAAUGAUCUUAAAGGAACAAUUCCCAGAGAGAUAGGGAACUUGAAUCAGCUUCAGGGAUUAUACUUGUCUCAAAACCAUCUAGAAGGUUCAGUUCCAGCAACAAUUUGGAACCUGGUCAAAUUGGAAUGGUUACGUCUGCACUCCAAUAAUCUAAGUGGAACUAUUCCACCUGAGAUUCGGAACUUAACACUGCUUGAUUCUCUUAAUCUCAAGACCAACCAAUUGACAGGAAUUAUUCCACCUGAUAUUGGUCUCUUGAUAGAUUUGACAUAUCUUGAUCUCAGCAACAACCAAUUGAAUGGAACUAUUCCAUCUGAGAUUGGGAACUUAACAAUGCUCGAUGAUCUUGAUCUCGGAAAUAACCAAUUGAGUGGAACUAUUCCACCUGAGAUUUGGAACCUACUGUUCCACUAUCUUAAUCUCGAAAAUAACCAAUUGACAGGAGAGCUGCCUGAUCCAGUUCCUUAUUUAGGUACAUUGGAAUCCCUUAACCUUUCUUCUAAUAGGUUGUGCGGCAUCAUUCCUACUAACUUUGGGAACCAUACACCCAGCUUGUCUGACAUCAAUUUAUCGAGGAAUAACUUUUCUGGAGAAGUUCCCCCAACACUGUGCAAAGUGACAUCUCUUCGAUAUCUUGAUUUGUCAAGUAAUGAAUUAAAAGGUUCACUUCCCCGUUGCCUGGAAAAUCUUAACCAGACUAUAGUAGUCAAUCUCAGCAAGAAUCAAUUUAAAGGGAUAAUACCAACAUUUUGUACGACGGAAAUUUGGGUUCUUGAUUUGUCAAGUAACAUGUUAGGGGGUGCACUUCCACACUGUUUGUUCACAAAUACGAGCAUUGAUCUUAAUAUUCUCGAUCUUCAUGAUAAUCAACUUCAAGGGACAAUACCACAAAUCAUCGCAAACUCAUGUAAAUUGACUACUUUCAACAUCAACAACAAUCACAUUGAAGGAUCAAUACCCUCGACCUUGGCCAAUUGUAAGCAAUUACAAAUUCUAGAUUUUGGAAACAACAAAAUAAAGGACUCUUUUCCAUCAUGGUUGGCGGCUCUUCCACAGCUACAAAUUCUUGUCUUGCGGUCAAACAGAUUUCAUGGCAACAUAAGUGUUAAAAAGAUGGAAAAUCCAUUUUCCCAGUUGCGCAUCAUGGAUCUCUCUCACAAUCAAUUCAGUGGCAAUCUACCAAUCAACUUUUUUGAUAAUUUUAAACUUAUGGAUGACUCAGAUGAAGGAGUUGGUUUAAAUACCAGUAUCCUAAGCGGUUCCUUUUAUGAAGCUUCUGUUUCGCUAGUUGUCAAAGGAAUAGAGCUUGAAGUGAAAAAAAUUCUCUAUAUAUACACAAGUAUAGAUUUAUCAAGCAACAAGUUUACUGGAGAAGUUUCAGAGACCAUUGGUGAAUUUAAAUCACUUCGACUGCUCAACCUUUCCCAUAACAGUCUUACGGGCCAUAUCCCAUCCUCAUUGGGAAACAUGAGUCUCCUCGAAUCUUUAGAUUUCUCUUCAAAUCGAAUGACAAGUAAGAUUCCUCGGCAAUUGAGUACUUUGGAAUUUCUUUCAACCUUGAACCUUUCAACCAACAAUCUUUCUGGAGAAAUUCCACAAGGCAGGCAUUUCGAUACUUUUACUAAAGAUUCAUUCCUAGGCAACUUGGCGUUGUGUGGAGCUCCUGUGACAAAGAAAUGCAAAGAUGAUGAGUUUCCACCACGAGAAGCUGAUGACGAUGUUGACUAUAUUUGGUUUGAUUGGAAAAUGAUACUGAUCGGGUAUGGAAUAGGAUUGGUAUGCGGAUUGUCCACAGGAUACAUUGUUUUUACAACAUUAAAGCCUUGGUGGUUUGUGAGUAUCAUUGAAAGAGCUCAGCAGAAACUGAUCAAGAGAUAGAUCAAGAACACACUUUGAUUACAUUUUCCUCGCUUCACUGAAAUAAUUGUUGCAACUCCAAAUAAAUUUUUUAUGUUUAAAUAUAUUUGUUUUCAUCAUAAAACCAUAAACAUUCAAGUUUA